UUCAGCACCUUCAGCACCUUCAGCGACCUGCUGGCACGGUCGAGGAUGGCGGUUGCGUCGCUUGUUUUUGUGACGCUGGUGUUCUGGGCGCUCGUCCGGGUGAUGGGUUUGAUCUUGGCGAGGUUCUAUCCGCAGAAAUUCAAGGAGCUCACCGACCCCGUAGCUCCUGGUUCUCCCGCCCUACUUCCAACGAGCUCAAGCCACGGCUCGGCCCGAAAGCGGUUCCACCAUCUGAGCAUCGGCCAUUGGUCUCUCUCAUUCUCUACGAAUGCGCUGAAUAGUGCCCUUUACAAACUGGUCCCCGAUACUCCGCCAUGGAGAGCCUUCCACCGACUCUUUUAUUCAGCCGGGGCUGUGUUUGGCCUCCUCUCCCUCUUUGGCAGCAUGGCUUUCCUCGCGGCCAAUGGCAUAAGCUUAUUGGUCGUAUUUGCAAAGCUUGCGAGCCCCUCAGCCGAUAUCACAGCCGUCCAAACACUCAGUCCUCAGGACCUGGAAUUCAGGAGCAACAGCAGCUCGUCAUACUCAACCAGAACAUACUUUGCCCAGUCGAUGGCGGGUGGAAGCAAUGGCUUUGUCUCCUUGAUACCUGGGGUCAACAUACAUGUGUCAUCUUUGGGCUACUAUGUCCUUGCGCUGCUCGUAUGCGGCGUCGUCCACGAGCUAGGGCACGCUCUUGCUGCAAUAGUCGAGAGAGUUCCAAUCGAAUCUGUUGGCGUAUUCCUCUAUGUUAUAUAUCCAGGAGCAUUUGUCGACCUCCAUCAGGCAUCACUGGAAACCAAGGGUCCCUCUCAAAAGCUGAGGGUGAUUUGUGCCGGUGUAUGGCACAAUGUUGUACUGGGCCUGUGGGUAUGGCUUGUGCUUACGACGCUACCACUAUGGCUCUCCUGGGGAUACAAGCUGUCGAAUUCGGGGGUCGUAGUCCUCGACGUAACGAGGGACUCGCCAUUGCGUGGCCAUGUGCCGCCCGCAGCCAUGAUCUCGCAAGUCAACGGACGAGACGCUAGCACUGUCCAGGAUUGGGAGCAGCUAUUAUACGAAAAUCUUGUGGAUGAUACAUCCAUACAUCAAGGCUAUUGUGUCACAGCAUCCCGAGAAGACAAAGGGACUUUAGAAUGUUGCGAUGUCUCUGAAGCGCAUCCUUUCGGUCGGAGACCGAGUUCGCUGCAGUGUUUCCAAGAACUCGACGCUACCAAGACCUUGAUGUCGCCCAUGCAAGCUUGUCUCUUGGCUCAUAAUAUCACAGAGAAUCAUCCCAGGUGUCGAAGCCGAAGCGAUUGUGACAUGGCAUCAGGACCGAUGCAAUGCAUGUCGGUGUAUGUCCCGCAGCCGUAUGUCCGGUUAAUCCGACUUAGUAUUCGGGAUAGAGAGUCGACCGCGACCCUGAAUCCGUCAAGCAAGGACACCUCAAGAACGGUGACUUUUCUGGGCGACCCGCGAGAGAUUUGGGAAGGCGUUCGAAUCGGAUCACUUGUGCCUCGGGCGCGAUGGCUCCCGAUAUGCAUCCCAUACAUGGUUGAGGAGUUGCUUCAGUUCAUCAUGUCAUUUACCUUUGCCCUGGCUGUGUUCAACAUGGUACCAAGCCACAUGCUGGAUGGCCAACAUGCCCUUGUUGUCAUUGUGGACGUAAUAAUGGAUUGGAUCCAUGGGCACGUAUCCGGAGAGAGUCUCGAUGUCUCUGGCAAGUCCCACGUUUCGUUUGGGAGAGUGGAUGCCCGCAAACGAUCGACAGUGAAGUGGAUUUCCAACGCAGCCACGGUUUUGUUGUCUGUUACUAUGCUGCGAAGCGUGCUUGGAGCAUUUGGAAUAUAAUGGGUUUGGACCUAGGGGCUCGAAUGGUGGGGCUGCAGCACCCGUUGGGAGCCAGAUGCAUGAGCUUUCGUCCCUGCCCAAGUGGCCUUGCCCAAGUGGCCUUGCCCCAGCGGCCUUGCCCUCGG